CUCACUGUCACAAAAAAUGUAGCCCCAUAACUUUAAUCGUACACUCAUAGAAAUAUUUUUUAUCAGCUGUGAUUGUUGUGGAAUCGAACAAUCCAUCCACGCGCUGGUGGCCCAAACUGUCCGCCCGUUUUCUGUCCGGCAGCAAAGAGGCCUCGCCCCUCCCGCAGAAUCACGGUACAAGUCGCGCGCGCGCUCCUGUGUGUGUGUAUGUCCUGUGAGUUUGUGGUGUGGUGUGCUGUGUGCGCCCGCUGUCGUCGUCGUCCAACUCUCGUGCGUUGUGUGCAUAGUGCGUCUUGUGUGUGUGUGCUCCGUGCGCGCGUGUGAUGUGAAAAUUGGGCCUCCGUCGCUCGAAAACCCGCGCGUCUCACAGUCCCGGAGGAUCCCCCCCCCCCCCCUCCACACGAGAAAGUAACCCAGGUACGGUCCUUCACUGGCGUUGUGCGACGGUGGUGGUGGUGGUGGUGUGGUUGAAAGGUACGCCAGCACAAAGAUGGUGGCGGAUGGUGUGCUGCCGUAAGUGGGGAGGGUUAAGCUCGAACGAUUGGUCCGUGCAGUGUGCAGUGGUGAAGUGAAGCGUGCCGAGUAGUAGGUGGCAAGAGCUAGGGUAGGUGUCGUGCCCACUGUGAAGAAGCGCACCUUCCGGAAGUGUGCCGCAGGGAAGGGAAAAUGGUCCCGCCAUACACACAGUCUCAUACGCACACACAAACACGCCUUUCCGUAGGCGCGCGCGUCGUCCAAAAUUGUGGAGUUGUGCAAAAAAAGAAAGAAAAUGCGUGCACCGGGGUACGGCAGCAUCCAAAAUGGUGGGGGUUGGGGACACAGCUCCGGGAAAAGCAUCCGCCCGAUACGGAAAGGGCAAUGUGGCCAGCGGAUGUGAACAAAACUGUGCCCUCCGUGUGAAUCUGUGAAGGGAAGGAGGGGGAAAGCUAACCACACUUCUUCUCUCGCAUUCGGAUUUUCCCGUCCGGUCAUAGAGCGGCCAGCAGCGUCGGUGGUGGGACGAGGGGGAAAGGAUGGCCCGUUCCACGCAUGUGCUUCCUGCGGCGAGUUUGACGAGUUGUGUGUGUGUGUGUGUUUGUGGUAGAUUUUGUACGAUGAUGCUACCGCAUCCGACACUAUUGCAUUAUUGUCCCCACCCCGUUCCUCCUGGAACGGUAAGAAGUAAAAGAGCACCGCUUUGGCCGGAGGAACGUAAUGUGCGCUGGAAAGAUUUUCUUUCCUUGCCCGGUGGCUGAUGAAAACAGGAUGGAAAAGAAAACACGCCGGCAAACUGCCCUCCUUCUCCACUCGUCCGUGCUGAUACGGCCGGUGUGCGUGCGUGUGUCGCGCAAUGGCGCGCUCUUCUUCUCUCGCUCUCCUCCUUGUCCGAAGAGAGGCCGCAUUUAUUGUAGGCGAAACUGUGCAGCGGAAAGCGUUGAACUUUGCUUCCUUUCUUUUUUGUUGGUGUCUUCUUCUUCUUCUUCCUCUUCUCAUUUUAGCAAUGGCAACCAAACUGGAGACACACCUGGGCGCGAAAGGAUUUCAUUUUUGGGAAGGGUGUGAUGGUUGUUUGCCCUCUAUUGGCCGGUGUUGAAAAAUGGCGCGCGCGUGCUUCCCAAAAUGUCGUCCCGGGGAUAUUCGGCCAAAAGGAAGCGACAGAAUGUGCAUUCCGCGGAAGAGCGCGAAAAGAGGAAGCCCGGCCACAACACGUUGGCAACCAAAUUUAAGGGAAAAUGCGUUCAAAAUCGAAAGUAUUGGCGUGUGCGACGCAACGCUUUCGCGAACUAUUUUGGCUGAUCAAUUCGCAUCCACACAGCUGUGUGUGUGUGUUUUGAAAGUCCGAUCGAUCAGGAUCUGCUGCGGCAAAUGGCGAAAUUUGGAUUUACAAAUGGCUGAACGCUAGAUGUGCUAAUCGUUAUCAUCGUGGCUGUGUGAAAUUUAACACGCCCCAGACAAGCGAAAUCGACAAAAAAAAAAGAAACGACCACCCUACUCCUCCACCCCCUUUUUGCACCGACUCGUCGUCGUGGUCGACUUUCUCUAAAAAAUCACAAAUGCAGCUAGAAAACACCUGUUAGUGUGUGUGUGUGUGUGUGUGUACGUGCUAUGUAACUGUCUGUAAGAACCGCCGGGACAGUUUGUUCGGAAGUGAAAGAGAGAGAGAGAGAGAGAGAGAGAGAGAGAGAGAGCGAGAGAGCGUCACGAUCUCCAACGAACGUAGCCGCACACUCGAAGCGUAUUUGAAAACGAAAAAUAAAAACAUUGAAUCCAGCCACAACUGAACCUGAACUGUUGCACCAGUGUCCGCGAUGAAAUACCCCGGCGGCAACCCAUCCACCAUGUUUUGCGAACAGGUUGGCACGGUGACGUCCCUGUUCGAGCAGUGGAACGAUUGCGAGCGGACGGUCGUGCUGUACGCGCUGCUGAAGCGCGUCCCCUUCGUCAACCUCAAGUUCCUGCAGGUGUCGAUCGAUUACAAUCUCGCCCAGAACUACAGCACCCAGGCCAAGCUACAGCAGCUCGAAACGAAGGCAAACAGUACGGCCCUGCUGGGGAAGCUGGUGCAGCGGUACUACCAGCUGAGCGGGCACAGCAGUGCGGCGGCCUCGCUACUGAUCGGCGCUGGUGGCGCUGCCCAGCUUAACAACAACAACAACAACAGUAACAGUGUGAACAAUAAUCUCAAAGCGGCCGGCAUCGAGUCAACGCCGGCCUCGCUGUACGAGCUGCUGAAGAAAGCUUCACCGCAGACGGCGGAGGUGGCAGCGCUCUUGAAAGAAUCUCCUUCCAUCAUUAGUGCGACGACAGCGACGGUACCGCCACCCUCCACGACACCGACGACGGCGACUGUAACGCCGGGACACAACCAACCGAAGGGUGACGGUCACCACCACGAACGGCAGCCGGAAACGAAGGAAGAUAUUCUGAAGGACAUACUGAUGUACUUGCCACUGCUGGCGCCGGGCAACGAUGAGGCAAAGAGUCUGUACAUGUCGCUCAUUCCGGCGGCCGUGGAUGACGCCUGCCGGCAGCUGGUGCCCACGGAAAUCGUACAGCAGACGCUGUCCUACCUGCUCAUCCAUCCCGCAAUCACCAACGACGAUCGACGCGUGCUGAGCCACUGGUUGCGAUACUUAGAGGACUUCAUCUCGACGUCCUACCUGCCAGCACCCGCCACGGCUGCACCGGUUGCGAAGGGUCGCAACUAUUUCAACGUGCAGCAGUCGGUCGGUGCCAACGGUACUAGCAGCAGCAGCAGCCUCAACAGCAAUGGCACUGCAGUGCCUGUCAACACGCCGCACGUACCGUAUCUAUCCACCUCUACUAGCUCCGCCAACGGAGGAGUGGGUGCUGCAAACUCAUGGACAAACGGAGCGUCCGCUCCGGGCUCACAGAUCGUACCGGGUGCGGUACUUUCUUCGGCUGUGCACCACCCGCAGCAGCAGCAUCAUCAUCAGCAGCACCAUCCGACGGGCGGGUCGGUGCUGUCGAAAUCGCAGCAAAGCCUAAACAACCACACGACAACGACCGGCAGCACGACCGUACUGUCCGGCGGCAACAGCAAUAGUAGCAAUAGUCAUAUCAACAACAGCGGCAGCUCGACCACCAGCUCCUCCUCCAGCUCGACCACCAGCUCCAGCUCCUGUCUGGACAGUGCGGCGUCGCAGCUGCUGAAAGCGACCCCUUCCCCGCGGCUGCUAGUGGCACCCUCAUCCCAGCAGCAGCCAGCAGAGUACCAUCAUCACCAUCACCACCACCACCAAACCGCCGACGAGGGCAAACCGGUGGUGGCGGUGAACGAGUUUAGCAAGACGAUCGGGCAAAGCCUGCUGGGUUCUAGUCAAACGCUGCUAGCAGGCGCCGCCGCCGGGAACGGUGGCGGCCUCAGUGUCAAUCUGCUGCCCGCCCUCCAGCAGCAGCAGCAGCAGCAAUCGCAACGGCCUACGGUGGUGCCGGGUGGCGUUGGUGGACCGACGCCCGACGGUCCUGCGUCCUGCGAGACGGCACAGCACCAUCACGAUCUCAUGGCCGCGACGGAGUCGCUCCUGUACGACUCGACCGACGACGAUCACAUUUCGUUCAGCAAGAACGGGACGGAGAUAUUUGACUACGAUUGUGAUUUCGAUAACGAGGACGAGUUCAACUAUCUGGCGCGCAAUGCGGCCGCCAUACGAGCGGCGGAGGCGGCAGCGGCGGCGGCCGGCAACGGUAUCCUCCCGGCGAGCGCAUCGUCCGCUCCGGCUGGUUCCGGAGUGCCGGGUGGUGGUGCGGCCGGUCCAGGGCACGGUGGGGCCAAAAAGCUCGUUUCGUUCAACAGCAACGUGAACGAUUUCUUGCGCGUGCCGCCACUGCUCGCCAGCUUCGGGCAGCACAGCAAUCUACUGGUGUCGCACGGUGGCGGCGGCGGCGGCGGCCUGCUCGAUCUCGAGCUGGACGCGUCGCUGAUGAAGACGCGCCGCUCGAACAGUCUCACCACACCGUCGACCCUGUCGGCGCUCGGCGUCGGCGGCGGCGAGCUGAGCGCGCAGCAGAAGCAAAACAACGAAUGCCUGUCGGCGGAGAACCUGUCCAACCUGCAGCUGCUGCAGAACAAACCGCGCAGCUUCUCGCUCACGAUGGAGAGCCCCCGGUCGUCGCUCGCCUCGAGCGGCUCGGACACGCAGCUGGACGACUACAAGCAGGGCGCCGGGCUGAUGAAGCUGUACGGCGGCCAGCCGAACGUCGGCAUGUCCAGCAUCGCGCACUGGCUGAAGAGCUUGCGGCUGCACAAGUACGUGUGGCUGUUCUCGAACCUGACGUACGACAAGAUGCUCGGCAUCACGGAGGAGUACCUGCAGAGCCUGGGCGUGACCAAGGGUGCCCGGCACAAGCUCGCUAUCUGCAUCCAGAAGCUGAAGGAGCGGUACGGUACGCUGCUGCAGCUGGAGAAGGAUCUGAUCGGCGGGCAGAAGGCGCAGCUCGGGACGGUGCUGGAGGAGCUGACCAACAUUGUGCUGACGCCGAUGAAACCGAUCGGCAUGGAUCAGCCGGAGGACAUUGCGGCCCAGUUUGCCAAAGUGCUUGAUUUAGUUGGUUCGAUCGUCGUAAUGCGACCGGUCUGUAGUCAGCAGGACGAAGAGUACCUGAACAUUUUCCUGUGGAUCGUCGAGCGCGCCCUGCACAACGACGCCUUCAUUGCGCACUCCGCGCAGCUGAAGGACCACAAGUACAAAGUGUCAAAGAUAAAGAUGCAAAUUGCGCCCAAGAGCGGUGGCCACUUUGCGAAGAGUGUGAACGUUGCCGGACCGGGCAUGAACAAGCCAAGAUGGACAACAAACAACAAGCAUAAGCCAGUGAAUGUCAACGAAUCGCAAGCGAAAUCACAUCGCAAAAGCUCCGUACCGUACUUUGUGCCGCCCGGCCAUUUGAGCGCCGCUCCAUCGUCGCAGGUCAUGGCGGGCCAUCCAUACUUCCACCACGGUGGCACCGGAGGCGCCAGCUCGAACGCGGGCGGCAGUACGGCCAACUACAACAAGAGCUCCUCCUACCCGAGCUUCGCCUCCACGCUGCACGGUGGUGGCAGUGGCGGAACCGGCGGUACCGGCAGCUCCAUGAAACCCAUCCUAAGCAACAACCCGUCCAUGCAACAAACCUCCCAACAUCUCCAGCAGCAGCAGCAGCCGCACCCUCACAAACAAUCCACCCAACCUCCCACGCUGCAGCCGCCGGCCAUGCAGCAUCCGAACUUUAUGUUCCAUCGGCACUCGUUGAGCAACAUAACGCAUCAUCACCACAAUGCGAACCCGCCGCUCGUACCGCCGCCGGCCAUCUUCCUGAACAGCCUUGGCGGUUCACUGGUGGCGGGCGAAAACCGUACCACCGGCGGCAAGGUCGUGGACGGUGGUGGGCCGGUUAAAGGAGGCCCCGGAAUGAAGCAACUCGCAGCAGCAGCAGCAGGUGAGCAGGUAGGCGACAGCGGCAGUAACAGCAGCAGUAGCAACCACAACAACAGUAUCAUUGAUAUCAACUCGCGGCUCGAGUUUCUCUGUCGGCAGAUGACGGAGCAGGCGAUUAAUUAAUAAGUAGAAAGCGCAGGGCCGAAACCCGAAUUGGUGAUAUAUACAUAUAUGAGGAACAGGUAGGGCUGUUAAACGCUGAUGGAGUAAAAAUGGGGUUUUAGUUAUAUUUGUGUAGCAAUGUAUAGAAUGGUCAAUAGUGAAGGUAACAAACAAAUCGAACGACUCCCUCGCGAGAGGGAGAGAAACAACGUGGAAAAAUGGGGUAGCCAAAACUACUGAUUCGCACCUUCUAUAAAGGCGCUCGAUAUGGAUGUUUGUGUGUUUAUGUUUUAAUGUGUAUCGUACUUCUUCUCCAAGAGGAGACAGUAAGCAAUUGUUGUGUUUUUCGUGUCGCUGUUUAAAACUAUUUCGUACGUACGUAGCCGACAAUGCUGUACGGCGCGAAGAAAAUACGUCGAGCAAUUUUGUCGCAAAACCACAAUGGUUAGGGCUCUACUACUACUAGUACUACUACUACUACUACCUAUUACUAUAUAUACUUACAUAUAUACCCCCUAGAGGGCGCUCACAGGACAAGGGGCAGGAUGGGCAGGGUGGGCGUGUGUAACAGCGCUGCGGACAAUUCUGCAGGCUGAUCUUGAUUAAGUUUGGUUUGAGUGGCAUGUAGACGGACACGCGCUGUCCACCAGGUUAUCUCCACGCUGUGGGUGCGUAGGAUAGCGAGUACCAGUUUUGAUGUUGAACGUUUUUUGUGUUAAGCUUUUGUGUUAGCACAGUCACCGGCCAACCGCCACACACAACGGGUGUGUCCCAGUGCGUAGAAACUGUUAAAAAAAAAAAAAGGUUAUCUUUAAGUCAGUUAAGAAGCUAGGAGCAAGCGCACGCCCCACCUGCCGCCUAACGAGAGAGGGGACGUCUCCGAGUGAGGUACGAUGUGAAGGAUCGACAAACCUACCGACCGAAGUCACGACGCGGGUAUUCUGCAAAAAGUAUUUAUCUUGUUACGUUUUAUUUUACCCUCCUACCAAAAUCCCUCUUUGCUACAAUUAUUGUGUUUAUCUUUUGUAAGCUUACAUGUUGACGACAUGCGUGCUGUAAUACAGUGUUAAUACAUGCGGGCACAGUAAAAAUGAAAAGAAAAAAAAAA